CCAAGCGCCUGAGUGUACCGGAGGUGUCGCUGUUGGAACGGCAGAUCAAGCGUGGCCUCCGACCGUUGUGGACCUGCUCACAGUCGUUGCACAGAGAAAGGAUCCGACCCAAGUGCUUCUUGCGAAACCCGCGACCGAUAAUAUAAUCAUGAGGAUACUACCGAUAUUCGCUUUAUUUGCGUGCUUGGUGUGCCAGGCGACUGCGCGGCCACAGGACGAUGGGGAACCUCGAGGCGUUUCUAACAGAGGUGCACUUCUGAAACGAGGUCUGGUGGGAAAACAAAAGACGACUACAACUACACCAGCACAAGAAGAAGUUGAAUACGAAGAUGAGGGAGAUUACCCCGCAGAAGGAGAAGCGCAGGAGCCAUCCACUGAAGCGGCGCCAUCAUCCACGGAAGGCAAGAAGUUAGUCAGUGGGCCUUCCAUUCGGCCUUUCAGAAGUAACACCGACUUAUUAGAAGCACUGAAAAGACGGCGCGCUCAAGCUGCCGGAGUUAAAAGCCAUGGCGGGUCUUCUUCGUCAGUGACACAACAACAGACCGAGACUCAAACAGAAGCUCCGGUUAAAGCCAAUUUCAGCAAAAAGCGUUUCAACACGGCAACGCGGGAAACAAAGGCGGAGGACGCUCCAGCACCGGCUGCAUCUAAACCUAGCAGAGGACGCUUCGGAAGACCAUCUUCAAGGUCAGUCCAGGAAGCGGAACCCGAAGAGCAGAAUGACACCACUUCACCUUCAGUGAGGACCGGAAGGACAUUCUCCAGACGGGGUGGCAACUAAAUGUCUAGCCGCUCAACCACCAAUCCCUCCUAUACAAUCCGUCAUCAGUCCAAACCCCUCCGUGUAAAGAGACCCCCUCAGAGUAAUAUCAAAUCCAUCAGUUAUUUUACUCUAAAACUCAUUAGUUCCGACCAAUUAGAAAAGAUUUUCUAUAUCUACUAUUUGUAAAUUAUGUAUAAGUAAUU